AGUCUGUCAGCAUUCCAGCGGCAGUCUGUCUGUGGGCGCAGAGUACAUAAGAUACAUACCGAGGCACUACAGCCAGGCAAUAAUGGAAGACUACUUGAAAAUAGAGAAAAUUGGAGAAGGUACCUAUGGGGUGGUGUAUAAGGGCAGACACAAGGCCACAGGUCAGGUUGUGGCCAUGAAGAAGAUCCGUCUGGAGAGUGAGGAGGAGGGGGUUCCCAGCACAGCUGUCAGAGAGGUCUCUCUGCUUCAAGAGCUGAAACAUCCCAAUGUUGUACGACUCCUGGAUGUCCUGAUGCAAGAGUCUCGUCUCUACCUCAUCUUUGAGUUCCUGUCCAUGGACCUGAAGAAGUACCUGGAUUCCAUCCCCUCUGGUCAAUACAUGGACCCUAUGCUUGUCAAGAGCUACCUUUACCAGAUAUUGGAGGGCAUUUACUUCUGUCACUGUCGUCGAGUCCUCCACCGGGACCUGAAGCCCCAGAACCUCUUGAUCGAUAACAAGGGAGUUAUCAAACUGGCAGACUUUGGGUUGGCUCGGGCCUUUGGUGUUCCUGUCAGAGUCUACACCCACGAGGUUGUAACCCUUUGGUACCGGGCUCCAGAGGUCCUCCUGGGUUCACCCCGGUAUUCAACCCCUGUCGAUGUUUGGAGCACUGGGACCAUCUUUGCUGAGCUCGCCACCAAGAAGCCUCUGUUCCAUGGAGACUCAGAGAUAGAUCAGCUGUUCAGGAUCUUCAGGACUCUGGGAACCCCAAACAAUGAUGUGUGGCCUGAUGUGGAGAGCCUACCUGACUACAAAAACACCUUCCCUAAAUGGAAGUCUGGCAACCUGUCAUCAAUGGUGAAAAACCUGGAUAAAAAUGGCCUGGACCUACUGGCGAAAAUGUUGACCUACAAUCCUCCCAAGAGGAUCUCAGCACGCGAGGCCAUGACUCACCCUUACUUUGAUGACUUGGACAAAUCCACCCUGCCUGCUGCCAGCAUCAACAAAAUCUAAAACACGUUGACAUGACAUACAAACACAUUCAUACCUAUUGUGAAUUUAUCAUUCUGUAAAUACUUGUGUGUGAAAAUUGUUGUAGACCUUUUAGUAAAGUUUGUCUUUCAACAUUCUUUUCAAUAAAACUGCACUUUCUAUCAUUCUCAAAACUGAAAACCUAAUGUUUUAUUUCAUUAUUUUCUAUUCAAAAUAUAAAGCUUGACAUAAGUUGAA